UCUGUCUCUAUCAUUGAUGCUCAACACACGCACACAUACACGAAUCAGCUCAUCGUAUGUGUUCGUUUCGCAGUUUUCGUCACUUUCAAUUUGAACGCAGUUACUGUAUUCAGUGAGUGAGCUGUUUCAACAAUAGCAUAUUCCACAGUAAGAAAAACAGUGCACACAACAGCUGAGUGACGAAUAAACUAUAAUACGUAGCGAACGAGAGAGAGAAAAAUAACAAAACAACUUAAAGGCAAGCAAAAAAGAAGAAGCAGCACCAGUAGAAGAGAUUGUUAGCUGUACAUAACAACAUAAUACCAUUUGAAGAGCGAAGAGCGAAAUAUUAAAACUUUGAAAAAGAAUUUUAUACAGCAAAAAAAAACCACACGCACACCAGAGUGUAACCAGAGUAACUAGAAAAUUGAAUCGUAAAGAGAGCUAAAAAAAAACUAGUAACAGCGUCAAAUUGUUAAUUUCGUAACAAUUUGCAACGAUUGCAAAGCAAAAAGUAUUUUUUUUCUGCGCAUAAUAACAACACAGAGACAGAAAGAGAGAAAGCCUAAAAUAAAACAAAGAGAAAAAUCAAAGCGAUUGAGUGUGCAUCGCGUGGAGGCGACCAUCAAAACAAAGCAAACAUAUAUACCGAGUAUUUUUUUCAUCGUCGUCGACUUUUGAAAAAAGGAAGAAGUGAAAAUGAAGUUCCAAUACAAAGAAGAGUGCCCAUUCGAAAAGCGACGAGCUGAAGGUGAUAAAAUCAGACGAAAAUAUCCAGAUCGUGUUCCUGUGAUCGUUGAGAAGGCGCCAAAGGCACGAAUCGGUGAUUUGGAUAAGAAAAAGUAUUUGGUACCAUCGGAUCUAACUGUAGGACAAUUCUAUUUCUUAAUUCGUAAGCGAAUUUACUUACGUCCAGAGGAUGCUCUAUUUUUUUUCGUGAACAAUGUGAUUCCACCAACAUCAGCCACCAUGGGCUCGCUUUAUCAGGAGCACCACGAAGAAGACUACUUCUUGUACAUUGCUUAUUCGGACGAGAAUGUCUACGGCAAAUCGAAGAAAUAGGUCAGUGCUCCGCGGCAAAAGACGAUUGUUGAAACCGUUUCGUGUGAAAGAUACAAACAAAAAUAAGAAAGAAAAAAACAAAAGAAAACAGCAAAAAAAACAUGGAGGGAGUUUGUGAUUUAUACAACGGCAGUAGCAAACCGCAUAUUCACCAACUAACAACCGCUUUUUAAGGGAACAGCAAGCAGUAACAACAACAUCAGUUAAAUCACAAAAUCUGAAAGAAAAAUCAGCAAAAAAAAUCAUUGGUUUAUCUAUCUUGUAUUCUUGUAUUUAUAUUUAUAUAUUUAGCGGCUAAUAAUAUUCUCAUGAAGAGUUUUUGGAUUAGAAUCCCAAAUUACCGAAGAAUUUUCUUUUAUUUUUAUGUGUUCUGUUAUCAAAAACAACAACCACAAAAAGCCACCACAUUGAGCAGAUGAAUAUCCUCGUUCAGCAUUUGCUAAACACAUUUAAACACAUGUUGUUGUCCAGAUUUUGAUCAUCAACCGAAACAAACAAUCAGUUGAUAUUUAAAAUCAGGUUCAGAUCGGUCGGCUUCCAGGAAUUCAUUUUAGCCGCAAUAAAAUAGGACAAAAAAAAACAUUACAUUGAAUAUUUGAUGGAGAAAAAAAACGAAAAGCCAGAAAACUACCAAAUUUGACAUAACAAAAAGCAUCGACUUUGCUUCAUUUUUCCCACGAAGAAAAACGAAAAGCGAUGUUUUCAGAAGAAAAAAGAUUUGGUUAAAAAAAAAAUUUAGUUCAUAUGAAAUAGCUACUUCUUUCUCUCUCCCCUUCAAGACAGAAGUUGCACAUGUAUGUCAUAUUCAGUAUACCGUAGAACAAUUCACCCAAUUAUUAUUUUCAUGAUUUUUUUUUACUUUAAAAGGACUUGCAAUAGUAAACAGAUUCAUUAUUUACAAUAAAUGAUUUAUUUCGCUAUGAAAAAAAAACGUUGGAUCAAUUUUGUCCACACGAGAAAAAAACAAGAAACAAUUUAUAACGUUUAUUUCUGUGACUUCGUUCGUACUGUCUCAUUUGUGACUCGUAUUAUUCUAUUUUUUCUUCUGUUUUUUUUUUCUUCAAAAUUAAUUGAACUUCACCCAUAAAUCGAAUCGUUUAAAUCGUUUCGGUGCGAAUAAAUGUUGAUUUAAAAGUGUUUGAAUGUAAUAUGUGAACAGAAAAAUAGCUUGAUGAAUACAGAAAUUUGAGUGUUAUACAAUAGAAGACAGGACACAAUUUGGAAUAAAUUUAAUUUACGAUUUUUAUUCUUCAAAAUCUAUGCGAAUGAAAACUUUACACAAGUAUAAUUUUUUUUAGACGUAAUCGAUAUUAUAAAGGACAAGGAAAAUUAAAAGAAAAACUCAAUAAAAAUCCAUAAAAAGUCUUUAAAAAA